CCAUCAACACCAGCGCGUUACCUUUUCCGUGACCUUACUGAAAUUUUUGAAAUGGCGGACGAAUCAACCCGAUUGAUCAUUAAAGGCAAGAGAAUCUUGCUGCCAGAUUGUGUUUCUUCGGGAAGUAUAAUCAUAGACAAGGGGAAGAUUGUUGGAAUAGAGAAAGGAAUGGAUACCGCUCAAUUACCUCCACGGACGAAGGUCAUAGAUGCAGGAGAGCUGGUAGUGAUGCCAGGAGUUGUUGAUAGUCAUGUCCAUGUCAACGAGCCUGGGAGGACAGAUUGGGAAGGGUUUGCAACAGCAACACAAGCUGCAGCAUCAGGUGGAAUCACUACCAUUGUGGACAUGCCCCUAAAUUCUAUUCCUCCCACCACUACCCUGGAUGGAUUUUAUACCAAACUUAACAGUGCUAGGAGCAAAUGUUGGACGGAUGUUGCAUUCUGGGGAGGGGUGGUACCAGGAAAUCAGGCUGAAAUAAAGCCCAUGGUGAAUGCUGGUGUUAAGGGUUUCAAGUGCUUUCUUGUGCACAGUGGUGUUGAUGAGUUCCCCUCUGUCACAGAGAGUGAUGUGAGGCUGGCCAUGGAGCAAAUGCAGGGAACAGAUGCUGUGUUUCUGUUCCAUGCAGAAGUUGAGAUUCCUCAAGAAACAGACAAUGCAAGUCAAGAUCCUUCUAAGUACACCACAUUUUUGCAUUCCCGACCGGAAGCGAUGGAAAACCAAGCGAUUGAGCUGGUGAUCAAACUUUGUGAAGAAUACAGAGUACCCUGUCACAUUGUGCACCUUUCUUCAGCAAGUGCCCUGCCCAUGAUCAGGAAGGCCCGCGAGGAAGGCGUCCCUCUCACGAUAGAAACCACGCACCACUACCUGUCACUCCAAGCUGAAAAUGUGCCUGAUGGUGCCACUCAAUUUAAGUGCUGUCCGCCUGUACGAGAUGGCAAAAAUCAAGAAGCUCUAUGGGAUGCCCUUAAGUCACGUGACAUUGACUUAGUCAUUUCAGACCACUCUCCGUGCACUGAAGAUCUUAAGCUGAUGGACAGAGGGGAUUUUAUGGCGGCCUGGGGAGGAAUAUCAGGGGUGCAGUAUGGGUUAUCCAUUUUCUGGUCGCAGGCGUGUAACCGAGGUUUCUCUCUUCACGAUGUUGCUCGUGUAAUGUGCGAGGAACCCGCCAAGUUAAGUCGUUUGAGUCAUCGGAAAGGAAAGAUUGCUGUGGGCAUGGAUGCGGAUUUUGUGCUUUGGGAUCCUGAUGAACGAAUUGUGAUCGAUCAGAAGAUAACUCGACAUAAAAACAAGGUUACUCCAUACCACAACAUGACGUUGCAUGGAGUCGUUCACAAGACUAUCCUACGAGGAAAUGUCGUGUACGAGCGGGACAGAGUCUGCGAUAUUCCAGCGGGUCAGCUCAUACUGGAGAAACCUUCACGAGGAGACAGCUUGAUAAAAUGAAAAAUAAAACAAAAUAGUGUAUUGAACACAUCCUAA